AGAAGUGCGACAUUCGCUUCGAGACGCGCGCGGCUUACACCGAACAUCUGUUUCACUCCGCUAUGCACACUGAGGGGAUGGAGGAUGAAAUACGCGACGAGUCUUGUGCUCUAAGAAAAGUCAUCGGAAAAAUGUCGAAAGCCAAGAUAGCGAAUGAACUACGGAAAAGACAAUCUGAAGACCAACCACUACCUCGAAUCAAACUCAAUACAAGGAAAGGGAGAAGAAUUUUCAAGAAGCCUACGGACUGUUAUCAGUGCGGCAAACACUUCGAGACGCAGGACGCGUGCUUGCGUCACCACCGCGAGGAGCACCCGCGCACGUCCUUCUACCCGCCCUCCGACCGACAGAUCUGCGAGAUUUGCGGCGCCUCGCUCUCGCGAAGCACAGUGGCGAUGCACCUCAACAUGCACACUCGGGAGACGCUAUACUCGUGUGACGUGUGUGGGCGCACUUUUCACUCUAAGGGCGGGCUGAAGAGGCACAUGGUGACGCAUACGGGUGAGAAGCGCUACGCGUGCCGACUGUGCGAGAAACGCUUCACGCAGAGCGGUAGCCUCAGUCUGCACUACCGCACCUUCCAUCUGAAGCAGCCCUACCCUCCGAGGAACAGAAGAAAAGAAAUCGAGAAGCCGAGCGCAGACGCAGCGAACUUCUUAGGUUUCUACGGCAAAGAAGAAUAUUAAAUAGGACUCCUUCUCUUUAAUGACAUUUUACUAGUUAAAAUUUUGUAGUUAAAUAUUUACUAGUGAACAAUGCUGUGGAUUUGCAUAUUAGGACUUAUCGCGUGUAAAUAAUAGGUAAAUUAGUUUUUUAUUAACUUUUAAUAAUAAUAAGGUCCUAUAUCAUUAUUUAGCUUCAUUUUAAAGCUGUUAAGGAUUUAUUUUUGUAGCAUCUGUCUUCUCGCUUGACAAAAAGGUAAUUUUAUCCCUGCUAAAGUCACGCUAAAAUAUGAAUCACGAUACAGACUAAAGCCCAGUCUGUGAGCACGUAGAAUGUUGUCCAAUGACCCCAAGCUACCCCUCCUUAUCGCUCGCGCGUAAUUAUAUUGCUGUCGCGACUGUGCGACAGGCGCCCGCAGUGAGUGUGCGAGCGCGACAGCAACAUAAUUACGCGCGAGCGAUAAGGAUGGGUAGCUUGGGGUCAUUGGACAAAAUUCUACGUGCUCGCAGACCAGACUAUAGUGGUAGUCCUCACCCAACAGAUGGCGCUGACAUACGUUACGCUACAAACCUGCAUCGCGGUGUCAGAGUUCUCUGCGAUACUAACACAUUAUUUAGCAAACCGAGAUGAUACACAACUGGACCUUGGUCCUCAGUACAACACCCGCUCGGAAGGAAGCAUUUCCACCUUGCUUCCUUAUGUGUUUGAUCCUCAAAAUAUACCACAUAAUGAUUGAAGUGAAAAGAAGGCUUAGUUUUUUUAAAUAAUGGAAAGUCUCCGUUUACUGUUUCCUUACAACAAUUAUCUUGUAAGACUGCCAUCAAAACCGAUCUAAAAUUACUGCCAUUUAUAUUAAAAGAUCGGUUUUAAUAACUACGGGAAAGAGGACUUUAUGAAGUCUAUCCGUAAAGGUGUUUAUUGUGUGUAAACAGUAAAAUAUGUAUUGUAUUUAAGAUAACUGCAAUAAAAAGCAAUAUUAAUAUCUUAGUAAUAAAUAAUUUAUUAGGACCUUUUUGUUACAUAAUGAUCUGAAAAUAGAGUUCUUAUCUAUUACUCCACUGAAUAACUACGAUAUAGAUUGUAUUAAUAGCGAAUUAUAAUAAAACUAUUCAAUUAUUUACAGCAGUGUUUUUCAACCUGUGGGUCGCGACCCUCUGGGGGGUCGC